AUGGCAACAGAUCUAAGUUUCCUGUCAUUGGUGGUCAUAUGCAGUUUCUUGCUGAUAGGCCUUUCAUCUGCUGAUUGGAACAUACUGAACCAAAGGAUAUCUAAAAGUGGACUCCAAAUCACACUGAAGAACUAUUGCGAGAGCUGGAGAAUGAAUGUGGAGCUACACAACAUUCGCGAUUUCGAGGUUGUCCCCGAGGAAUGCGUCGAGUACAUUGGCAAAUACAUGAGCUCGACUCAGUACAAGGUUGACUCGGAGCGGACGACCGACGAGUGCACGGUUUAUCUCAGUACGAACUGCGGUCUGAAAAAAGAUGGGGCCGACGCGUGGAUUUUCGACAUUGAUGACACGCUCCUCUCGACCGUCCCUUACUACAAGAAGAACGGUUAUGGGGGAAAGAAACUGAACUCAACGUCUCUAGAGGAGUGGAUGAAGCAGGGCAAAGCCCCAGCUUUGGAGCACUCCUUGAGGCUUUUCAAUCGGCUAAAAGGGCUUGGAGUUCAGAUAAUUUUAGUAUCCUCAAGAAGGGAAUGUCUGAGAUCAGCCACCAUCGACAACCUUGUAGAUGUCGGAUACCAUGGCUGGAAAAGUCUCAUUCUAAGGGGUGCAGAUGAUUUGAAGAAGGAUGUGCAGAAGUACAAGGCUGAUGUGAGGAAACAAUUGGGCAAAGAUGGGUAUAGGAUUUGGGGCAUUUUGGGAGAUCAAUGGAGCAGCAUUGAGGGGCUUCCUACAGCCAAGAGAUCAUUCAAACUCCCAAAUCCUCUCUACUAUGUUGCAUAA